UGUUUCUUGAAGGUAUCAAAAUACCUGCAGAUAUUUAACUUGAACAAGAACAUGGGGGACGUGACACCAGCAGAGGAGAUGGAGCUCAGGGCUGCCUGUUGCCGUCUGUUUGAAUGCAGCAUGAGGGAUGAAGUAAGACGACUGAGGACUUUUUGGCGGUGGCCAGCAACCUCGCCUGUAUCCCCUCGAGAUUUGGUCAAGGCUGGCUUUUUCUUUGUGGGUCCAAGUGAUGAAGUACAGUGUUUCUGCUGUGGUGGUGUCCUGAAGGACUGGGGACCUGGUGAUUGCCCAGUAGCAGAGCACCUGAAGUUCUUCCCUUCUUGUGAGUUCAUUUGUGGUGAGGAUGUUGGAAACCAAGAGAUGCUUCCUUUUCACGAAAUCUUUGAUGCUGUGGAUGGGCAGCUCCUCAGCCUUUUGCAGAGCAUGGACGGUGCAGAGGCAGCUCUGCCCGAUGAACCAGAAUACCCAGAGAUGGUGACAGAGGAGGCCAGACUAUUGACAUUUCAGAACUGGCCACGAUAUGCUGACAUGCGUCCUGAGGCGCUGGCUAGAGCAGGAUUCUUUUACACAGGACAAGGCGAUGUAGUGAGGUGCUUUUACUGUGAUGGAGGUGUGAGGAACUGGUCGUUUGGACAUGAUCCUUGGUGGGAACAUGCCAAAUGGUAUCCAGGGUGUGCAUUCUUAUUGCGGUCAAGGGGGAGAGUCUUUGUUAACGUUGUUCAGGAGUCCUUCUCUAACACCCCAUCUCCAAGAGAUUCCUGGGAUCAGACUGAACAAGAUUCUUCUGCUUCGCAAGAUCCUCUGAGGAACUGGGAAUCGCAGGCUCGUCAUUGCCUGGAUCAGCUUAUGAUAGUGCAGAAUGUCCUGGAGAUGGACUUUGACUUCUGCUGGGCAGUUAACCUGGUAGAGAAUAAAUACAGGCUGACUGGGACUUCCUACCUCUCUGAGUCUGAACUGAUUGCUGAUCUGCUUCAGGCAGACAGGGAGGAGAGCAGAGAUGCUGUUCAGAGAGACACUGAAGCAUCAAGUUCAAGAGAAGAAACGCAAUCUGUGCAAGAGAAGGAAUCAGGGGAGUCUCGGCUGAGCACAGAAGAGCAGCUCCGACGCCUGCAAGAAGAGAGGAUGUGCAAAGUGUGCAUGGACAAAGACGUGUCAGUUGUGUUUGUUCCUUGUGGCCACCUGGUAGCAUGUGGGGAAUGUGCUCUCAAUCUGAGGUUGUGUCCUAUCUGCAGAGCGGUCAUCCAGAACAGCGUGAGGACGUUCAUGUCCUGAACCAUGAUGUGCCAAAGGGGGAAGAUAAGUCUAUACAGCUUGAUCAUAACACA